UUGCACUUGUCCACUGUAAAGAAACAAUAUAUUUCAUUCAAAAUAAAAUAGUAUAGAAUAAUAAAUUAGAUAUUUUAUAUUAUUCGAAAUAUAGUUACUCAUAUUUUUUACUUUCAUAAGAAUCUAGUCAAAGAUUAAAAUUACCCACAAUGCACAUGGUAUUUGGCGGUUAAAUAUUCAAAACACGCCAGAACGACUAACCUAAAAUGUGACAGCUCACAUCUUGAAUGAAAUGCCAAACAUGAAUGGAAUAUCGGCAGUACACGUUAAAAAAUUAAGUCAUAAUCUCGAAGAAAUACGUUCAAGAGCUUUAGACAAUAUUAUUUUAAAAUAUGAUCUUGGAUUUAGCUGUGAUUGUGAUGCUUUAAAAAAGGAAUUAAUAACGAAACUAUUUAAUUGGUUUUCAUUUGAGCCCAUUUCACAUACACAGACAGUUCUAGAUUUAUUACUUCGUUUGUUACAGACUGGCGAUAGAAGUUAUUUAAAUGCGUUUGGUAAGUUGCGGUUCCAAAAUGAACUUCAUGAGUUAAGGAGGAAACUAGGUUCAGAAUGGUAUGAUAAAUUAAAUGAACUCGAAGAAGUUGUUAUUAAUGAAAGCAGAUUGCAAACAGCAGUUACAGAUACUGAAAACACAAAGAAUCCAAGCUCUUUGAAAAUGGGAUUUAUUGAUUAUGACAAACAUAGAACACGUGUUAAAGAUUAUGAACACAAAGCUCAUAAAACAGAGGAUCGCAAUAUGUCAAAUAGUGUACUUACUCUCCCUUCUGUUUUAGAUAGUACAAUACCAUUUGACUUAACAUUGGAAUGUGGAGAUGGAACACCAAUAUCAAAAACUACAGAAGGAGGUAUCAAGUGGUUAGUUAUGCCAUGGCAAGCUUUGGUCACAUCAGAUAGAGGUGUCCUAUCAGCAGUUGAAGAAGCCCUAAGCAACAGCUUAGACACAAAUCUCAUAUUACAUACGUGUCAAUUUAUAACAAAUGUAAUGAUGCAAGAUUUUCCAGCAGAAGUAUUUCUCCAAAGACCAGCAAUAGUCACAAUAUUGCAUAAUCUUUUGGAAUCCAGUACAAAUACCUCGGACGUUAAUCUUAGGAGCAUCGUACCAAUGGUAUUAAAAACACUGCACAAACUAACGCGAUCGUUGAGAUUACGGAUUCAUUAUUACUGUGAACCAUGUAUCGCGAAUAAAAAACAAAAAUUAUUAGCAGGGAAAUUAAGUAGCAAUGUUUACUCGUCCUCCGAGACUAGAGACAGCCCUGAUGGAGGAUUCCUAGAAGCUAAUUAUCAAGCAUAUCAGUCCACGGGUACAAGUGAAAGGAGUCAAAGUGCAACAGAUAACAUAGACGAUUCUAUCUUACAACUGCAACAGAUGCUACUUCCAACCUUCUGUAUUGAAUCUUUAAAACAUGUCAUAUCGCAACUAAGUAUUCCCCUCGACUCAAAAUUCCCAUUAAGAAACACAAAGUACAUAACGGAUUUAGCAUAUGAACUAUUACAAUUACUUAUUUCAAGUGUAAUGCCAAAUGUUUGGCUUUGUAAUGACAAUAUAGCCGUAAAAGUAACCGAAGACAUGAAAACAUUAUUCAGCAUUUUAGGAGAUGCUAUACAAUAUUUUCAAAACUACAGUACAAUGGAUCAUUAUAGAAUAACGUAUCUGCAUCUUGCAAGUAUUACAAUGAAACUUUUAAGCAGCAUUGUACCUUUGGAAAUAGCAGACGUUGUUUUUCCUAAAUCGCUUAAAACAUUGAUAUGUAUAGCUAUAAUGGAUGGUCCCAUUUACUUUUUAUACCCUAACUUGCAUUCUGUAAUGCAAGAAUACGGUCGUCAAUUUCAAGGUAAUGACGAAAUUACAUACAUCAAAAUGUUCGACGAGACAAGGACAAUAGCAAAAUCAAUGAAAGCAGCCAUAUCAUUGAUAAAAAAUUCGUCCAAUUUGUCUCAUUCAGAUGUUUUAAAAAUGUUAUACGCUUCGAAAUUAAGUUUAUCUUAUCACAAAAAUUUCUAUAUUAUUAAAAAGACUAUCAGAUUUCUACAAAGCAUAAGUAGAUACUCUCUAAAUAACGAAGAUCGUACAUUAGCUACUAAAUUAAUGUUGGGCUUAUUGGCCAAUGGAGAUACCGACGUGCAGUACACGACAUAUCUGGAAUGUUAUACGCUAGUUAAAAACAUUCUAGGUGUAGACUACAAUAUUGAGAAACUAUCAUGGGAAAAUUUAGUAUUCUUGUUCGAAUCAUCUAUAUUGACCGAAAUAAUUGCUCAUGGUGUAACAAAUGAUGACAAAAGGAUCCAAGAAAUGUCAGAAGAAAUGCUAGUUUAUAUACUAAAGGGAAGAGUUCAAAUGGGAGAAAGUGGAUGGUUAAGAUCAUUAGAAUCCAUUGUACCAGUUCUGCCUCUUUUGCAGUGCCAUUCUGAUCCUUCUACAGAUUUAGGACAAUGCGUAACAAAAAUAUUUGAUCCCGAUAUUUCUUCUAAUAUACAGUUACCAUAUAUCGAGGUCUUUAAAGGCAAUCUAAGAUAUCUAUUCUCGCCGGAUAGCACUAUUAGGGAAGAAGCUGUUUGUCGAUUGAUUUGGCUUCUUGGAAAAGAAAAGGAUUCUGUUAAAAAAUUGCCACGAUUAUCGUCUCUACACGGUUUACCUCUUAGCUCGCUUUGUAUACUUGAAAAUCAAACGUCUGGUAAAAAAUCGGGAAGCAGUUAUCAGAGGAGUAAUUUAUUAUCUGUACUUGAAAUGCUACGUGAGCCCAAUAUUGAUCCAAAAAUACGGAAAUCUGCAUUAGUCCAAAUUAGCGUUAUGCUGUCUGACAAUUCUUUACAUAAGCUAUUCAUUAGUGAAAAUGGUUUACCUCUAAUUUUAGAGAUAUUUAACAGUGCUUUGAUAGAACAAGAUUAUAUUAAUUACCCAGAUUCUGUGAUCUCAAUAAUCGCUAUAUUAAACGUAUUAGCAUCCACUGAAAGCUCUAUACGUCACGACCUAUCCACUAGUAUAAACGUUCUUUCAAAUAUAAUAAGAAGUCUCUUUCUAUUUCCAAACAACGAAUGCAUAAAAAGUGAUGCUUCACAGCUUCUAUGUUUAUUGCUUUAUAACGAAUACAUUAUGAGGUUGAGUGAAAAAUAUACAGAAACUUUUAAUCAGUUAAACAUUUCGUUACCUUAUAUUAUUAUAUCCAAAAUGAAACUACCGUUUACUUGUAAAUCUCAUUGGAAAAUAAGUCCACACAGACGAUCAGAUAUAUCUGUUCUUCACAGUACGAAUCCACUGGCAUCAACAUUUAUCAAACAAUAUUGGAUAUGGGAGUGGAAUGAUGGUGUAAAUGUACUUUGGAAAAAUUGGAAUGAUCUCUAUGACUCCGAUAUAUCCGAAAAAUUGAAAAUUCAAGAGAACGAGUUUUGGUCUUUACGUUUUAGUUACCCUCAUUAUUAUUGUCAACAACAAUUAUACAACAUACAAAAUUCAAUCACACAUGAUGCAGUUUCAUGCGCACUUGAUUAUCUUACAAUGUACAUAAAAUUUUACAAAAUGCAACAAUACGAAGAAAUAAAGGAUAUAAAUCUGUUACCAUGGGAACAAACAUUUGAACGGUUUUUACACUCGCAGCCUGCAAGUAAAGAAGACCGCGACCUGUUUAUUGAAGUUUUAAAUUUUUUACAAAUCUACGUUAGCAUUACGAAAAGUGGAAAAGGGACAUGGACUAGCAAGAUAAUGAAAAAUAUAACCAAAUCAUGGACAGAAUUAUUAAAAAAUUCCGAGAUAGAUAAUCAAGGUGUACAUCAGUCUAUAUUAAAACUAGCUCGUGCAUGUUCGGCUGUAGAGAAAACUAAAAAGUUUUCGGACGAAAAUCAAGAAAUUUGGCUCCACUUUAUCGAACUCGUUGUUUCUACAUUAUGCUUUGGAGACCAACAGCAUUUUUAUAAUUUAGCUUAUCUUGAUUGGUUGUUAACAUGUUUAACAUAUUUAAUCGAGAAAUGUCAUUGGGGAAAUCAUAAAAAUUUACUAAUAUCAUUGGGAAAUACAUUGAUCGAAUUAAUUAUAUCUUUCCAUGGAGCUGGAACUGUUAGUUUUAUGGGCUUAUCUAUAACUAGAAACUCCAUAAUAUGCCUCAAUCACUUAUUAUACCAGAUGCAAAUAAAUUUUAAUAAGAAUGCGUUUACUGCAUUUUGGUACGAAGAAGGCCGCACAUUAAAUUGGUUGCCCAUGCUAUGGCAAAAUCGAGAUCCUUUGGUGCGAGCAUCAGCUUUACAAUUAUUAGCGGAUUUGAUAAAUAAUUUGCACACAGCUACUCAACUUUUAAAUACCAUAGUAUUAGCACCGAGCGAACUGUGUCAGACAUUGAUCCAAUAUAUUGUCAGUAGAGAAGAAUCAUGCAUAGUUAGAGAACAGGCAUGCAUAGCUUUCAGUAACUUAGUGAAGAAUUGUAAUUCCAUGACUUUUCAGUAUGUGGAUUCCUUGAGAGCAAAUGCUAUUUUAAUAUACAUAGAACAGAACAACACUUACUACGAGAUCAGUGUCUUAUGUUCCAAUAUUUAUAUGUAUAAUACCCUGGAUUGCGAGCAAAUGGACAACCGGGAACAAGAAAGCGAAAAUGCACCAUCUAUCCAUAGUAUGCAGUCGGGUUGUACGUCAUUAGUACCGCGAACAAUUUCGUAUCUGUAUAACUGUCAGGAUGAAUUACAACCUUUUUCAGUGAGAGGAUCAGGGACAACAGAUAUGGAUAAUUAUUUGCAAUUGGUAGUAACACCACCUCUAAUCACAGCUGUUUGCAGAUUGCUAAAUAAUUUGAUAUUCGUAGGCAAACAAGAAAUCGUUCGUCAAAUUUAUGAACACUCUAUAGAUAAAUAUUUACUUGGAUGUAUCAACGAAAUUCCCAAAGAUACCAUUGGCAAAAAGAAUUGUACACAUUACUGCGAUAUUUUGGAAAUGUAUAUUAGCAUUUGCACGGUGCUAACGAAUUGCGUCAUUUACAGUAACGAAUACGUCUCUGCUAUUAAUUUUUCUCCAGACUCGCUUUAUAGUUUACUCUACUUUUUGAACAGUGACUUAUAUUGUACCGACACAGAACAAUUGGUCUCUUUAAGAAAUAGACUCUGGACAGAGGCUUUCAACUUUAUAGCUGUUCUCUCAUUAACCGAAAAUCAACAUUUCGAAUCGGUACAAACCGCACUAGAAUUAUGUGGCCUAGAAGCAGUACUUUCAUCUAUUUGUAUUGCCAUAAAGGACACGAACACAGAGCUUCGUAUGAGCGCGAUAGGUUGCCUCGCGUUUUUCCUUUCGCAGGAAAUUCAAAAGGAUUCUUUAGGAAAAAGCAACACCUCGCUGCAAACAGUAAUAGAUACCACUCUGAUACAGACCUCGACUGACAGCAGAAAUAACUUGAAAGAAGUUAUAUCAAACAUUAAUAAACUCUCUCUGCGAAGCGCGAGUGGACAUUCGAGGAGAUCAAAUGAAAACGAUGACAUCCUUAUAAUUUACGACAAAGCAGCGGAUCGUGAAGUUGGAAAAGAAGAUGUCGCAAUUGGCGAAGAACUCUGUGGCGUUCUAUUACAUCUAUUUAUCGCUCAUAAUUACAACAGAUCCAAGAAAAACCGUAAAUUGACCGAGGACAAGGACUUGAUUACAAGUGCACUUACUAAUUUGUUAUGUGUAUCUAAUACAGCUAAGAAAUUCGCCCUGGAGGAGAAUUUACCGGCAACAACUUUAAUGAUAUUGAAAGAAUUAUAUGUUAGAUUAAAUCUGCAACCGUUUGAGUUUUUCAAGAAUCAAAUAGACCGUAACAAAAAGAUUCCUCCGCUAUUACACGAUGUAAAUGGAAUUUUCAUAUUACUAAUGAAUUUCAUGUACGGCAGCACACAAGUGAAAGAGAUUCUGACGAAAUGUGGAUUAGCGGAUGUCUUGCACAAGUUGUGGGUUUGGAUUGCGUUAAAUAACACUGUUGCGACGACUACUUUAAAAUUACUUGCAACGUAUACUACCAAAUGUACUGCAGCGGCACAAUCGCUGACAUUGACGACUACCUUGCCAGGCGCGGGACUUAGAAGAACUCCUAAUACUCUAGCUCUAAUCCACGUAAUUAUACAAUUAAUUUGUAAGGAAAUCGAUAAAGCUGGACAACUCUUCGAUAAUCACAAGUUACAUUUCGCAUUUCAUAUUCUGCGAAACGCAGUACAUGUGCAUGAAUGUAGGGUGUCGAUUUCGAAGAGUAAUCUGCUGCAGUUUUUUACAAAAAUACAUCCAAUUACGACAAAAAGGGUGAAACCAUGGCCGCUCGUCGAAUUGUAUUGUUUGGAAUUCUUAAUUGAUUUUACUUAUUACGAAGAAGGUCAAUUAUGUGUACCAAAGUCUGUCGACGGUCUGGACGUUCUAUUGCAAUUGUCAAAAUGUUCUUCAUCGUCUAGCAGAAUUCUCGCUAUUUCCAUAUUGCGCAAUCUGUCGUUUAAUGUGACAAACAGACCACGAUUACUUAGUUCUGUGGACUUCAUUAAUGUUUUGCACGAUAUAUUCAAAAGUGGUUCUCUCGGCGAAAUUAAAAUAGCUGGUUCUAUGUUAUGGUCCCUUGUAUGCAAUAAUCAGAAAGGAAAAUUAAUUGUGCGCAGCGCUGGUUUUUCGCAGAGUAUUCAAGAAGCUUUAGGGAGACUAACAUUGUUAUCUAUAGAUGAUAGAAAACAGGAGCAGGAGUCAGUUAAAAUGUUACAAUAUGUGUUAAGAAUUCUUAGUCCGGUAGAUACUAAAAUACAUGAAUACGAUAACGAUUGAAUAAUUCAAUUAAGAAAAUGACUGAUAAAUAUAAUUGUACAUACGAGUAGAUUUAAUUUUUGUAAUAGUAUGUGAAUAACUUUUAUAGUAAAAUCCAUUGCAUCGUUUUAUUGUAAUCAUUUUUUGUAAUUUUUAUAACGUAACAAUAAUGAAAUUUAUUGCGAAAUAUAUUGUAUAUUUUUAUAAAUAUCUUAAAAGAUAUUUUACAGAAUAUUUGGUAAUAAAAAUGAUUCAGUCUU